AAACAAUUAUUGGCCAUCUACUAGACAGCGUCAUGAGCAAAGAUCGUGAGUUGGAGAUGCUGAGGAAGCUUGCUUAGAACUCAUCGCCGAGAAUGACAAGCUGAAAGAAGAGAUACGGGUACUCAAAUUCAUCUCAGUUAUUUCGACUGCUAAUCCCUCCCAUUCUGACAGUUGCGGGUCCACUAAGCAACUCAUCCCUUGCGAAGAGUCUGAGCGUGCUCGAUCCGUAGUCGUCAGUGGUAUUGCUGAGUGUGCUGACAGUAAUGUUAUUGCUCGUUUGAAUGAUGACAUUGACUGCGUUAAGAAACUUUUUUGUUACCUCGAUAUAGAAUGUAUGCCUCGCAACGGUUUCCCCCGAUUGCUCAAGAUUGUAUUGCCGUCUACUAUGUUCCAAUCACUUUUAUUAAAGCGAGCACCUAGGCUUCGUAAUUUCCAAGUCAAAUUCGCUUAUAUUCGCCCAUCACUAACUGAAGGCGAACGAAGCCUACGUCAUGCUUGUUGA